UCCAUUUCACUUUCGAAUUUGACAGAUGUCAGGUAUUCCGGUGACAGGUGUGUUCAAUAAUAAUGAAUAAUUUCGAUGUAAAUAACGUUGAUAAGAUGUGUAGAGCAUGCUUAUCAGGCGAAAAUGAGAUAAUGUCAGCCUUUGAUUCGGAAUUGAGAGACAUGUUCAUAUUUUGCACGUCCUUAGAGUUGUCCAGUGACGACAAGUUGCCCCAAUCAAUCUGUAAUAAAUGCAAAGAGCAACUUGUAAACGCCCACACAUUCAAAAACACCUGUAUCAAGUCAAACACCCUUCUAAAGCAACAUUUAUUAAGCAAUUACGAAAUCGAUGACUUAGAUUUAAAACUUGAUGAUCUCUUCAAAAUCGACUUUGACGAAAAUUGUGAUGAGUCCAAACCUAACUCACCCCAACCCUUAAAACCCCCCGAACUCAACAACCAAAAGCCACGUCGUCAGAAUAAAAACUUCAAGUUUCACUGCGAGACAUGUUCGGAGGGUUUUAACUUAGAGGAUGACUUAGUUUUGCAUCGCAUAGCUCAUCCAAAAGACGGCAUUCCCAAAUGCACAAUUUGUGAUAAAUUAUUCAACACACUAAAGGUCCUAAAACGCCACGUUCGCAUACAUUUCAAGUCGAAACCGUUUGAGUGUGAUCUCUGUUCGCACACUUUCACAGAAUCGGGAAGUUUGACCCGGCAUUUGAGGAAACACAGGGGCGAAAAGCGGCAUUUGUGCACCGUGUGCGGUAAAGGCUUUUACGAAGCCAACGUCUUAGCAGUUCAUAUGAGGACACACACGGGGGAAAAACCGAUCAAAUGUGAAAUUUGCGGCAAAAGAUUCGCAGAUCCGAAUGGACUGAGGAGCCACAUCAAGUCGCAUUCAGGCGAGAAGAAAUAUUCGUGCAAAAUAUGUAAUAAGUGUUUUUCGCAUUCGUUCGUUUUGAAAAAACAUUUGAGGAUACAUAGCGGGGAAAGACCCUACUUGUGUCCAGUCUGUGGUAAAUCAUUCACCCAGAGCCAUUAUGUCUCCGUACAUAUGAGGCAACAUACCGGGGAAUUACCGUACAGUUGCACAGUUUGUAAAAAAAGAUUUGUACAAAACAGCCAACUAGAAAUGCAUCUGCGGACACACACAGGCUACAAACCGUACAUUUGCAAUGUGUGCGGGAAAGCUUGUGCCCGCUCUGGUGAUUUGGUAAUUCACAUGCGGACACACACGGGUGAAAAACCUUUCACUUGCACGGUUUGUCUGAAGAGUUACACAACUUCCAGUCAUUUAAAAGUGCACCUGAGGACACAUAAUGGGGAGAGGAGUCAUCUUUGCACUUUUUGCGGCAAGAGUUUUACGGAGAAUCAGGGGUUGAAGGCCCAUAUUAGAACACAUACUGGCGAAAAACCGUAUAUUUGUGCGGUUUGUGGGCAUGGGUUUGCACAGUCGGGGGCUUUGGCUACUCAUAGGAAGAUACACAAAGUGGGGACGGGGCUUAAGGCUGAUGAUGAAAUCAAAAUUGAGAAUAACCCGCUUUAUUAAAUUUCUCUAUUGACUGAA